GUCCCCAUGAUCUGAAGACAAACAGACACAUCUCUCGGCCACUUCAGUCUCUUUAACGAGUUUUCCGUUUUCUMUUUUUUCAAUAACUCCAUUUCUCCUCCACUCCCCAGCUUUUAUUAUAAAUAUCCAUUCAAGAUCCCUCCUGUGGCAUCUUAGUCUCUCUCUCUCUCUCUUCUGCAGAAGAAUGGCUGUGUUACUCUUUUCUGCUUGCUUUGUCCUGCUCUCCCUCGUCAGCAGCUCAGUUUUUGCUGCUGCAUAUCUAGAUGAGCUUCUCCCAAAUGGAAACUUUGAAGAGGGGCCCAAUCCAUCCAAUCUGAAGAAAACAGUCAUCAUAGGGAAGUACUCCCUCCCCAAAUGGGAAAUCGAUGGCCUGGUGGAGUACAUAUCAGGUGGGCCCCAGCCAGGUGGCUUCUUCUAUGCCGUCCCUCGUGGGGUCCAUGCAGCAAGGCUUGGCAACGAGGCCUCCAUCUCUCAAUCUAUAGCCGUUAAACCAGGAUCAUUCUACGCCCUCACGUUUGGUACCACCCGAACUUGUGCUCAAGAUGAGGUGUUAAGGGUCUCAGUCCCUCCUUUCUCAGGGGACCUCCCCAUCCAGACACUCUACAGUAGCAAUGGAGGUGACACUUAUGCUUGGGCAUUCAAGGCCACCUCCAAUGUUGCCAAGAUAACAUUUCACAACCUGGGGAUCCAGGAGGACCCCGCAUGUGGGCCCCUCUUGGAUGCAGUUGCAAUCAAGGAGAUUAUCUCUCCCCUGCCCACUGGAGGUAACUUGGUGAAGAAUGGUGAUUUUGAAAAUGGGCCUCACCUGUUCAAGAACUUCUCAACCGGGGUCCUCAUCCCUCCCAAACAACAAGAUCUCAUAUCCCCACUCCCUGGUUGGAUCAUAGAAUCCCUCAAAGCAGUAAAGUACAUAGACUCAAAGCAUUUCUCUGUCCCAUCAGGAUUUGCUGCAAUUGAAUUGGUUGCAGGGAGAGAGAGCGCCAUUGCCCAAGUGCUAAGAACAGUCCCUGGCAAACUCUAUGAGCUCACAUUCACAGUUGGGGACGCCAAGAAUGGCUGCUAUGGAUCGAUGAUGGUCGAAGCUUUUGCAGCUAACGAGACCCUGAAAGUUCCAUUCCAGUCUCAUGCAAGUAGUAGGUUCAAGACUGCAAGUCUGAAGUUCAAAGCACUUGAGCCCAGAACAAGGAUAACAUUUUACAGUGGGUUUUAUCAUACAAAGCUUCAUGACUAUGGCACCCUUUGUGGCCCUGUCUUGGAUCAUGUUAGAGUUUUCCCUGUUUCGUAGGUGGUGUUUGGUAGUUGGUACCAUUCCAAUGGCAUUUCAUGUCAAAAUGCAUGAAAUUUAUUUGAUUGGUUCUUAUUCUGAUUAGGUGUUGAACAAGUGUUUUGAACAGUAUUGUGUUUAGUAUUGGUAUUGCCACCUAAAACGUUUACACCUAUUAAAUGUUUAUAUUCAAUGUGACACCACUCUAUUGCUCUAUGCUUCUAAUGGCUCUAGAAGCCUAGAACCAAAAAUAGAACCUUUGUUUUGGAUGUAGGGUUAUGUGAAUUUCAUUGUGUACAUCUAUUUAUCUUUGCUAAUAUGUCAUGCACCAAAAGACAUGCCAUGUAAGAUGCCAACUGAGCUUAUGUGGUUUUGUGGGAGUUUCGUGAGAGGCGUUUUGAUA